UCUCCUCUUCAGCUGAAGCAGAUAGACAUCCUACCUUACCCUCAUCACCACACAAAAUUAUGCAAUCCUUUGCGGUUCGUGGUGUGCCCAGCAUGGGGUCCAUGCAUGGUGGUGCUGGAGGCCAAAUGGUCAAAAUCUCCUCUGGUGGCUCCAUGUAUGGCAGUGGUGGCUCCAUAUAUGGCAGCGGUGGCGGACGUGGUGGAGGUGGUGGAAGUAGCUAUGGCUACAGCUACAGUAGUGGGGGAGUUGGUGCUGGGUUUGGCUUUGGCGCUGGUGGUGGUGGUGGUGGUGGUGGUGGUGGUGGUUUUGGUGGUUGCAUCGACAUCUCUGCCAACGAGAAGGCCACCAUGCAGAACCUGAACGACCGCCUGGCUUCUUACUUGGAGAAGGUCCGUAAGCUCGAGGCAGCCAAUGCUGAGCUGGAGCUGAAGAUCAGGCAAUUCCUGGAGCAAAAGACCUCCCCCUCUGCCAGAGACUACAGCGCCUACUUUGCCACCAUCGCAGAGCUGCAGGGAAAGAUCCAGGACGUACGAGUCAACGGUGGCAUCUACCUCGCCAUUGACAAUGCCAAGCUUGCUGCUGAUGACUUCAGGGUCAAGUAUGAGAACGAGCUGGCCAUGCGUCAAUCGGUAGAGUGCGACAUCGCCGGGCUGAGGAGGGUCCUGGACGAGCUGACUCUGAGCCGGACCGACCUGGAGAUGCAGAUCGAGGGCCUGAAGGAGGAGCUGAUCUUCCUCAAGAAGAACCACGAGGAGGAGCUGCUGGCGAUGCGAGCUCAGAUGAGUGGCCAGGUGAACGUGGAGGUGGACGCCGGUCCAGCAAUUGACCUCGCAAAGAUCAUCGAUGAGGCCAGGGAGCACUACGAAAGCAUUGCUGCCAAAAACAAAAAAGACCUGGAGAUUUGGUUCCAGCAAAAGUCAGAAACACUGAAACAAGAAGUCGCUGCUGACACACAAACCAUCCAGACAUCCAGAACAGAGAUUACAGAGCUCAAGCGAACACUGCAGGGCCUGGAGAUUGAGCUGCAGUCCCAGCUUAGCAUGAAAGCGUCGUUGGAGGGCACACUGGCUGAAACUCAGAACCGGUACGCCAUGCAGCUGGCGGGUUACCAGAAUCAGGUCACCAUGCUGGAGGAGCAGUUGGUGCAGCUGAAAGCUGACCUGGAAAGACAGUCCCAGGAAUACCAGAUGCUGCUGGACAUCAAGACCAGGCUGGAGAUGGAGAUUGCUGAGUACAGGAGGCUGCUUGAUGGAGAGGGUGGAGGCGGCAUUAGCAGCAGCAGCAGCAGCAGCAGCACUGUCCGUAGCAGCAGCAGCACCAGCGGUAGCGGCAGCGGUGGCUCGACCUCCACCACCACCUCCAGAACUAAAGUCAUCACCGUCGUGGAGGAGGUUGUGGAUGGGAGGGUAGUGAGCUCCUCCACCGAGGAGACUGUCAGUCAGACCCUCUGAGCUCCAGCAGCAUGCACUUUCACAGAAAUAAACACACAAAUAAAAGUCUGCUGAAGUGCUUCAAAAUACAA